GCAGCGAUCUCAUAUUCGCGAUCAGGCUGUCGACACGACAACAACCCUUCUUUUCUAAAAUUCCGAUGAUAUCGGCCGAGCAAGUGUUUCUCCACUAAACUUUUGUGAUUCUUCGAAGGAGAGACAGAGAGAAGAGAGAGAGGGAGAGAGAGAGAGAUAGAUAGGAGAUCGAAAGCUGUAAUCGACAGAAGGAGAAAUGUAUCGAAACUUCGCGAUAUUUUUCGUCGUACUCGCACCUUUCCUUUUGGUGGUUCGAUCAGAUGAUAUAUUAAAAUGUUACAUGUGUACAUCAGUUACGGAUAAAGAUUGCGGGAACGAUAUAACAAAAUCAAAGACAAUCGAGCCUACGGAAUGUACGAUGGAAGAAAUGACAAAGUGGCAGAACACUAUUCAACAGAAUAAGUUACUUACGUCAAUUUUCAGUAUUUUUGCUGUAGAUAAUCCUCGACAUGAUCAAAGUAUGUUGAAGAACAUGGCAUGUGCCAAAGUCGAUACCAAAAUUCAAGGCCAGGACAAAAUAGUGACGAUAAGAAGUUGCCAAACGGCACAAGCAUUAAAUGUUGAUCCUUGCACGUCGAUAAAUGGCAAACUUGGUGGUGGCAUGGAAUAUUGUGGAUUAUGCGAAGAAAAUGGUUGCAACGGUUCGAUAACAAUUUCCCCAAGUAUCAGUAAUAUUAUUUUCAUUGUCCUUGGAUCAUUUGCCUUUGUUCUUAUCCUUUACAUAGAUGCAUAACCUCCAACAUUUUCUAUCACCUCCCAUUUUCCAAAUUAAUCCGUAAUUUCAUGUCCACUUUCAAAUCACAGUUAUCGUCGUUGCAUACGACCUCUUUCUAUCAUGAAAAUCUCUCCUAUCCUCCCGUUCCCCAAGUGUCCAAAGCAAUUUCAGCAUAAACCACGAUGUUUUUUUUAAUUUCUUAGGAUAUGUCGUGUUCGAAAUCUAAUACGAAUAUUUAAUCUCGAACUACGUAUUUUAUCCUAAUAGAGAUAAUACAUCGAAAUUGCAAAAAAUUAUAUUUUCCUCUUGUUAUACGCCGUAAAUCGAAUACGUCGCAUGUGCGUUCUUCGCUAGCAAAAGUAUAUCAUAUAUACACAGACCUCUCAACACACACACACACACACAUACACACACACACACACAUAUAAAUAUACCUAUGAGAUACGAAUAUAUACAUAAUAUUAUAUAUAUAUAUAUACAAAUAUUUAAA